AUGGCUUCGCGUUCGCUGGCCGCUUUCGGCCGUCAGGCCUCGCGCCUCCUGCAGUCCAACGUCCAGAAGAUGGCUCUGCCAGCUGCCAGUGGUAUGAAUUUUAUGAAGUUUUUUCAUUUUUUUUUGUGUUAUGAGGCUGUUUGAGCUGUUUCGCAUUUCGCUAUUUUUUCAAAUUUUUAGACCCAUCAAAAGUAUAUAAAGAAAUUUAAUUUUUUUUAAUAUUUGUGUUAAUGUGUUCAUCGAUAAAACGAAAAUUGUUCCGGAAUUCAAGAAAAAAUGCUCCAAAAAAUUGUCACUGUUUUUGGAGCAACUCAAGUUUUUUUUUUCCGGAACAAUACUAAUUUUUGGAGGAUUAUUGUCGCUUUUCGGAUCAAGUUUCAUGUUUUCGAUAAAUCUAAAAAGAAAUUUUAUGUUAUUAAAGUUUUUUUUCAGUUCGUUUGAGCUCUUCCACCGUUGAUUCUAAGAAGGGUAUCCACACCAGCGUCGCGACUACCCAAGCUGCUCAAGCUCAAACUAAGGUUUCAUACAUGGGAAACAAUUUUUCAAAAUCAAAUUUCGCUCUAGGUGUCAUCAAAGGCUACGGCCGCCAACGCCAAGGGACGCAUCGUCGCUGUCAUUGGUGCCGUCGUCGACGUCCAGUUCGAUGAAAACCUCCCGCCAAUCCUCAACGGACUGGAAGUCGUCGGAAGAAGCCCAAGACUCAUUCUCGAAGUCUCCCAGCAUCUUGGUUAGUUUUUUUAUUAUUAAUAAAAAUUUUUCGUGUCGUAAAAAAAUCUCAUUUUAGUAUUUCUUGAAGAAAAAAAUCGUUCGUAGGUUCUUGAACGAAACAUUUCAGUUUCAAUCAUGCUUCGACACUCCAAAAACUUUCAUAGUUUUUUUGAAUAGAAUGCAACUAGGUUUACUGUGUUUCAACAUUGUCAAUGUUUUUCGAAAUAGUCUUGAAGGAUUGAAACUCAAAACUGUAUCCAAUAUUUCUAAUUACUUUUUUUUCUAUCAAUUUUUUAUCAAAAAAUUAUAAAUUAAGAAACUCACAGAGAAGUUUUGAAGCAAUAUUUUUACAAUCGAAGUUAAAAUAGUCAUAUUUCUGAAAUUUUCGUUUUUUGGGAAAAGUUUUUUGUCAGAAUAUUUCGUGUUAAUUGGUAUUAGAACACCAAUUUCAGGUGACAAUGUUGUCCGCUGCAUCGCUAUGGACGGAACUGAAGGUCUUGUCCGUGGACAGCCUGUUGCUGACACUGGCGAUCCGAUCAAGAUCCCCGUUGGACCUGAAACUCUUGGCCGCAUCAUGAAUGUCAUCGGAGAACCCAUCGAUGAGCGAGGACCUAUCCCAUCCAAGCACUUUGCUCCCAUCCACGCUGAAGCUCCCGAAUUCGUCGACAUGUCUGUCGAGCAGGAGAUUCUUGUGACUGGAAUCAAGGUCGUCGACUUGUUGGCCCCAUACGCCAAGGGAGGAAAGAUCGGUCUCUUCGGAGGUGCCGGUGUCGGAAAGACUGUGCUUAUCAUGGAGCUGAUUAACAACGUCGCCAAGGCUCACGGAGGUUACUCUGUUUUCGCUGGAGUCGGAGAACGAACUCGCGAAGGAAACGAUCUUUACCACGAAAUGAUCGAAGGAGGUGUCAUCGACCUCAAGGUUAGUCAUCUAUAUUUCAAUACGUUUAUAAGCUUGUCAGUUUAGUUAUUUAUCAUUAAAUUUCGUCAAGUUUUCUUUUUUAGGGCAAGAACUCGAAGGUAUCGCUUGUGUACGGACAGAUGAAUGAGCCCCCAGGCGCUCGAGCUCGUGUGUGCUUGACUGGACUCACUGUCGCCGAGUACUUCCGUGAUCAAGAAGGACAAGAUGUGCUUCUUUUCAUCGACAACAUUUUCCGUUUCACCCAAGCCGGUUCUGAAGUGUCUGCUCUUCUCGGUCGUAUUCCAUCUGCUGUCGGUUACCAACCAACCUUGGCUACUGACAUGGGUGGUAUGCAAGAAAGAAUUACCACGACCAAGAAGGGAUCCAUCACAUCUGUGCAAGCCAUUUACGUGCCUGCUGACGAUUUGACUGAUCCUGCCCCUGCCACCACUUUCGCUCACUUGGACGCCACCACUGUGCUUUCUCGUGGUAUUGCCGAAUUGGCUAUCUACCCCGCUGUCGAUCCUCUUGACUCCACUUCUCGUAUCAUGGACCCCAACAUCGUCGGACACACUCACUACGAUAUCGCUCGUGGUGUCCAGAAGAUCCUCCAGGACUACAAAUCCCUUCAAGAUAUUAUUGCUAUCCUUGGUAUGGACGAAUUGUCUGAGGACGACAAGCUGACUGUCUCUCGCGCCCGUAAGAUCCAGCGUUUCCUGUCCCAGCCAUUCCAAGUCGCCGAAGUUUUCACUGGUCACCAAGGAAAGUUCGUAUCCCUCGAAGAGACCAUCCGAGGAUUCACCAUGAUUCUCAAGGGUUAGUUGGUUUCUAUCUAUCAUACUGAAGUUGAUCAAUCACUCUCUUCCCAACAUAAUAUGAUUAUUCUGUUUAAGGAGAGCUCGACCACCUUCCGGAAGUUGCUUUCUACAUGCAGGGAGGUAUCGAUGACGUCUACAAGAAGGCCGAAGAGCUUGCGAAGCAGCACAGCUAG